UUUCAGAAUUUGAAAGGUACACUGUACUCAAGUUCCUCAUUCACAGCACAUUUACAGAAAAUGUUUUUGCAACACACCAGAAACAAGGUCGCAAGCUGUGGACUAAGGUCAUCUUUUGUAACCUGGGCAUAUUCCCAGAGGUAGGCCACCAUCACUAUUAAACUGCACAUAACCAUAAGAGUGGUAGGUCCCCAAGACCAGCCAGUAACAUCACCAGACUGAGCCUGGGAGGGGACAGCAUGGAGAUUUCACCGUUCCCCAUAAAUUUUGGAAUCUGUUGCUUUACAACACUAUAGGCACAUUGGUGAUAACUGUCUGUUUUUCCUCUGUCUCCAGCGAAUGCGACAACCACAUGAAAGACAGCCUUGCCGCCUGCCCUUGGCACCCCCAACAGCAAGCCUAG